CGGCAUCAGCCUGCUUCUGUUGCAAAUUUGCCUGAUACUGGCUGCUGUACGCCAUGCGCACGCCGAGUAUACUUAUAUUUGGGAUAGUUUUUGCUCCCUGCGGCUUGGUGCUGGACCUGACCAGCACUGUAGCUCCACACUGGAGAAUAAUCAGGAACAUUCCGAAUGAAGCGCCGGAUAUAAUCCUGCAGCAGGGGAUCUGGGACAUAUGCCAAGCUUCCACGACCACGAGGAAGGUAACGUGUAACCAGCCAAACCCAACUUACUUCAGCCAACAGAUAAUUCCAAUCGCCAAGGGCUUGAUGAUCGCAUCUCUUCUGGUCACACUGCUGGGUUUUGCAGUGGCCGCACCAGGAGUUAGAUGUUGGAGAGAACGGCCAAACUGGAUAAUCGCAGGAAUCGGGGGGUUUUUUAUAUUCCUCUCUGGUGUCAUGACCCUGAUUCCCAUUUCGUGGUACACGCACAUUUUCACAGCCAUCCCAGCAGAGAGCCAGAGCAUCACACCAGGAUAUUGCAUUUUUCUGGGUUUCAUCGGCGGCAUCAUGGAAGUUCUCAGUGGGGCAGCCCUGGUAAUCGGAAUGUGCUCUUGCUGCGGCGGGUGGAACCGGGGAGAGAGACGAUCGGACAGCAAAACCACUUACUUCCACAACAGAGAGGCAGUGCCCCGGAGGAUCGAGGUGCCUAACAUCAGCAGGACCAGAAGCGAUGCCAGCAGCGUCCCGUACUCCAGAGACACUCUGGACGACCAGGAUUUCCCUCAGACGAAGACUUCAGGGAGGAUCAACACCACGUACAGCAGCAGAAUGUGUGAUGCUGACUUGUGAAAACCAGUAGGGCAACGAUUAUUAUUCAAAUGAAUUUUAAUGAUGAAAAUAAUUAUUUUUCGGGGAUGAUUGUAAGACAAUUUGUUUCCUAUGUCUGUCUAAGAGUCAAUGGCCACUUUUAACAUCAUCCUUGUGGAAAACGUGUGUUAUAAUCGGUUUUUACUUGCAAAAAUGUUUACUGUUAUACUGUUCUAUCAGGCGUAGUUGCAGUAGUCUGAUACAUACAGUGAGUACAUGGUUAUGGUGUAAGUCCACUUUUUAAAUUGCUGGAAUAUUUAUAUACAUAUGUUUAUUUCCAAAUUUUGCACGAUAAUGCUGGUCUGAGAAUUUUUUUUUUAAAUCAGAGCUGGACAGUAUAAUGCAUAUUCUUAAGAUACUUUAUACAAAUAAACACUAAACAGCU